CGUAGCUUAGUGACAACACGGCAAAGCACUUUGGUCGGAAUCCGUCUGUGGCUAAGCUUGCUAGCUUGGAUGAUAAGCAGCAAGCUCGCCAGAUUGUUGUGGAUGUGGACAGCCAGUCUCUGAUAUAGACAGCUGACGACUUGAGAGUUGUAGAGGAAAAUGAGGCUGAAGGAGAUCCAGAGGACUGCCCACCAGGCGUGGAGUCCUGCCGGGCAUCAUCCCAUCUACUUGGCGUUAGGAACAUCAGCACAGCAGCUUGAUGCCUCUUUCAACACCACCGCUGCUCUGGAGAUAUUUGAGAUGGACUUUUCAGACCCCUCUCUGGAGAUGCAGCUCAGAGGAACCCUACCCACUGCAAACAGGUUGCACAGUAUUGUGUGGGUGAAUUUUGGCUCUGGAGCUGAUGGCACUGGAGGCAGGCUGGUUGGUGGUGGUGAAAAUGGCACUUUAACUGUAUAUAACCCAGAGGUCAUAAUGAGCUCUGGAGCAGAGGCAAUAGUGGGACAGUCUGACAAGCACACAGGACCCAUUAGAGCACUCGAUUUCAACCCUUUUCAGAGCAAUCUCCUUGCAUCAGGAGCAAACGAUUCAGAGAUAUAUAUCUGGGAUCUGAACAACUUCAGCAGUCCAAUGACACCAGGCGCAAAAACACAGCCUGCUGAAGACAUCAGUGUGGUGUCCUGGAACAGGCAGGUUCAGCACAUCCUGGCCUCCGCAAACCCCAGCGGGAAAGCAGUGGUGUGGGAUCUUAGAAAGAAUGAGCCAAUCAUCAAGAUCAGUGACCACAGUAACAGGAUGCACUGCUCAGGAAUGCUCUGGCACCCUGAUGUAGCCACUCAGUUGGUGUUGGCCUCAGAAGAUGACAGACUGCCCGUCAUCCAAAUGUGGGAUCUUCGUUUCGCCACAUCACCCCUUAAAGUCCUGGAGAACCACACAAGAGGAAUUCUGUCUAUAUCCUGGAGCCAGGCUGACCCUGAACUCUUGUUGAGUAGUGCUAAAGACAACCGCAUCCUCUGCUGGAACCCAAACACAGGAGAGGUGAUUUAUGAGCUUCCAACAACAAACCAGUGGUGCUUUGACAUCCAAUGGUGCCCCAGGAAUCCAGCCCUGCUUUCAGCCGCCUCAUUUGAUGGGAGAAUCACUGUUUACUCAGUAAUGGGAGGGAGCAUGAAGGCUCAGCAGCAAAGCACAGUUGAUAAGAUAUCCUCCUCAUUUGAUACAAUGGAUCCCUUCGGUACAGGCCAGGUGCUUCCUCCCCUGCAGGUUCCUCAGCCUACAGCACAGGACACCAUUGUCCCUCCUCUGAAGAAGCCUCCAAAGUGGGUGCGCAGACCAGUGGGGGCUUCUUUUGCUUUUGGUGGAAAACUGAUCACCUUUGAGAAUCCAAAGCAGCCUCCCGUGCAGAGCCCCCAGCCCGUCCCCAGACAGGUGUUUGUGAGCCAGGUAACCACGGAGACAGAUUUCCUCCAGCGCUCCAGGGAGCUGCAGGCGGCGCUGCAAUCUGGCUCCUUCAACAGCUACUGCCAGGCAAAGAUUCAGAGCGCCAAAUCAGAUGCCGAGCAGGAUAUAUGGAAGUUUCUUCUGGUAAACUUUGAAGAUGAAGCCCGAAUUAAAUUCCUCAGACUUCUGGGUUUCAGCAAAGAUGAACUGGAGAAAAAGAUCUCAAAAUGUCUGGGGAAGAGUUUUCAGCACAACGGACACGGAGUAGAUGCCAAAGAUCUGGCAGAAAAGAUGCAGCGACUUUCCACUGAGAGGGCUGAUGAAGCAGUGGCUGAUGCUAGAACCUCAGGGUCUGUUUCACCAGCAGACUUCUUCAGUCAAACCCCAAAGGAAAACUCCCAUUUCCAGAUCCCUAUAUCCUGUGACACUGAUGGUUUAAUAAGCCAGGCGCUGCUGGUUGGAAACUUUGAGGGAGCUGUGGAUCUGUGUCUAAAUGACGGGCGUUACGCUGAAGCUAUCCUGUUAUCUAUCAGUGGAGGAGAGGAGCUGCUCAAGAAAACUCAGCAAAAAUAUCUAAGCAAGCAAAAGAACAGCAUUUCAAUGCUCAUAUCUUCAGUGGUGACUCAGAACUGGAGAGACAUUGUACAAAGCUGCGAGUUAGACAACUGGAAGGAGGCUCUGGCUGCCCUGCUGACCUACGCUCACCCUGAAGAUUUUGCGCGCUUGUGCGACACUCUGGGAGGCCGUUUGGAGCAUGAGGGCACAGAGAAGCGCUGCCUGCAGGCCUGUCUGUGUUACAUCUGCUCUGGGAAUAUCGAGAAACUGGUGGAGUGCUGGGCUUUACAUAAAGACAGCUCUACUCCUCUUGGUCUAGAGGACCUCGUUGAAAAGGUAAUGAUGCUUCGUAAAUCCAUAGAGCGCCUCCGAAACACUGAAGUGGCAGUUCAGAGCCCCAUCCUUGCUGAGAAGCUAACGUGCUACGCUGGCAUUCUGGCAGCAGAGGGCAGUCUAGCCACUGCCAUGGCCUACCUGCCUGAGAACUCAGACCAACCUGGCAUCAUGAUGCUGAGAGACAGACUGUUCCAUGCUCAGGGAGAGGCUGCGGGAGGACAGCAGCCUUCAAACUCCUCCAACAGAGCCAGUGUGUCUGCAGCUAAGCCCGCUCCUGCUGCACAGGCUGCUGCACCUAAAGCACAAGUUAUGAGUCAGUACCAGCCUCCUGCUACUGCUCAGGUGGCAGCCCAACCACAGCCUCCAAUGCCAUCGGUUUUUACUCCACAAGCUGCUCCAGCCAGCUCCAGGACUGGUCUACCACCUUCUCACGUCAUGCCGCCCAGCUCUACCCUCCCCACCAUGAGGCCCCCCUACCCCCAGCAUCCAGCUCCGGCUCCAGGUUUUCUUCCUCAUCAGCCAUUCCAGCCCCCGCAGAUGCCCGUAGGCGGCCCUUCAUCCUUCCCUCCUCCAGGCCCCUCUAUGCCAGCUGCUAGCUUAUCUGGACCUCCACUCCCACCCUCUUCAUCGGCCCCUGGAGGCUUGCCCCCAAUGCCCAGCCCAGGGGUGCCGCCAACAAGCUUCAUGCCAUCUACCUCUUUACCAUCAGGCCCUAUGUCGCCAACCUCCCAGCCUGGAGCCCCAGUCCCCAUGUACCCAGGGGCCUUACACAACCAGGGGCCUGCACCUCCUAUGGCUUCUGUUCCCUAUAACCCUCUCGGAUCAGGGUAUCCACAGGGAGGUCCUGGUGCUCCUGCUGCAAAGCCGUUCUCUCCACCAGUUGCUCCUCCUCCCAUAGGCUUCUUUCCCUGGCUGAAUUCCCAGUGUGACUACCAAGGUUUGAGAUGAUUUUCUGGUAACUCAAUGUAUUUUUGUGGUGUUUGCUUACAUGCUUAAGGGAAAUGUAGUGCUGAUUAAUAUCUAAGUACUUAAGCUGCAAACCUCAGUAUUCAGGACUGAAUCAAACUAUUCCAGGGAUGUAACGAUACAUUCAUGAUGGAAUACUAUGUGCGAUUCUAGCUUCAUGCUAUUGUUUUUUAACACAUAUUUUGUUUUGAUAAAUGAAGAGAUUGCCUCAUAAAACUGUUAUUUUUAUGCUAAUUUGAAAGAAUGCAAAAUGUACCUCCAGUAAGAUGCAAAUUUAUGAAAGAAAAUGGCUAAAAAAAAAAUGAGUAGCAGAAAGCUGUUGAAUGCAUUAGCACCCUCUGAGGAGGCAGAAGCUUCUGAUGUUGCCUUUACAUUGUCUGUAGCAUCUUUCCAUCUCUCUCUGUUACCUACAGGGGAAACAAUAAAUCACAAGAGUUAGAGACCAUCUUAUAGUUUAUUGAAAGAGAAUUUGAUUUGGACUGAAGAUAAGAUGUUUAAACAAUCCGCAAAUAUACUGCAGCAGACCACCCUGGCACCGUCCAUGAAUGGAAACGCUGGUGGUGCAUUACUGCAAGAUAUUCACUUGCUGCCCCCAUGUCUGUAUGCCUUUAUUCAGCUACAGAUGUAAAAUAUGUGAGUACCAGGGUUCAGGGGGCAUAGCAGGUAGUAGUGCUUAGCUUGGGACCAAAUUUUUCAGCCCAAGCCUGUGCAUGUUCUCUCUUAGCCUGACCCGGCCCAUCCUGUUACCUGUAUGGGUCCAAGCCCAAUUCAAACCCAACCAUUUUUUUAACAAGUGGGCUUUUGUAAUUUAGGUUUUGGACUGCAUUUCUGUGGUGUUUUGAUGACUAAAAUACUUGCUUCCUGUGUGCCAUGCUCUCUCUUCUUAGCUCACCCCCAACCCCUCUGCACCCUAUCACUGUGUGUUAACAGAGUGGAACAGGCUGUCAGUGGCACUUUUAACAGCUUUUCUCGCUCAUUUUAUCAAACAACAUUCUCUUGAAGGAAUAUUUUGGUAUUUUUAAAGUUGGGUUGUAUGAGGUGCUUUGCAAUAGUAGUGGCAUUAGCCUCCAGAGAUUUCAGUGUGCCUUGCCUCUUUAAGCAGAAUGUGCUGGGGCACCAGCCAGGAAGCUAGGCUAUACAGCACUGCAGGCAGGUGCAGUUACUCCACCAAAAAAACUGAUCAAGAGAUGAUAAUGCGCUGUGGGGGAAUAACACAUAGCAUAGGUUGCCUCACAAAAUAGUACUAAACACAGAGACUUUCUGGCUGAAAACUAAAACACUGCAGAAAUGUUCAGUAUAGGAUCUAUUUGAGCCAACAUUGUUUUCUGGCCCAUUUUUUACAUGAUACUUGCUAAAUUACAUGAAGUAACUGUACCUGUAGGCAGCGCUGUAUAGCCUAACUUCCUGGCUGGUGCCUCCAGCACGAUCUGCUUAAAGCUUCAACACACACUUACAUCUCUGGAGGCUAAUAUCGCUAUUACCAAGUACUUUAUAACCUAACUUAAAAAAUACCGAAAUAACCCUUUAAAGAAAACUGUGAUUUAUUGUUAACUGCUUGGAGUGUAGUUUUUUGAAGACUCCUCAAUUCAAGGAACAUGACCAGCAGACCCCUACAGUGCAUCCUAUUAUUUUGUGCUGUGGGUCUGCACUGAGGGAAGUUGUUCUGAUUUAGAAAGAUUAGAGGAAAACCUUAAAAAAUCUAAGGUAAAACAUAGCUGCCAUGCCAGACAGGACAUCUUUGACUUCACUCUAGUCUGAUCUGGCUCAGGGUAGGAUAAGGUUGGGAUCCCUAGCCUGAGCAGGUUCUGUGCCAAAAGCCACAUCAGGCUGUUCUCAGGCUCGGGUAGAGGAUCUAGUGGAUAGGUAGAACCCCCAUGUGAGGAGGCUUUAGUCCUCUGUAGCCCCUUACUCUCAUCAUUCCCCACUCUCUCUCCUUAAUUUCCCUGGCUGGCUGCUGUAAAGGCAAAAGAUAAGUCCUAAAAGAAAACAGAUGCUAGUGCCUCAAACAAGAGAAGUCAAAAACUGACAGCAUUCUUGGCUGUUCAUAAAAAGGACUCAUGAUUAAUUCAAUCAAAUUGGAAUUUACUGUAGAUGUACUUUUUUCAGCAGCGUUGCAAAGAACCGUUACAUCCCUAAACUUUUGGUUAAAAGCUUACAUGACUGAUAAAUGUUUGUUCAGCUAUGUAGAAGACUUCUAUUUUUUCAUCCUUGUGGUUUUAUUGGUGUUCAACUUUGAGCAGCGUGCUUGUGCAUUUUAAUCAAAAUUUCUGCAACUGCUGAGCUCUCUUGGUUAGUGGCGUUCUUAUUUUGAGCAUUUUUGACUAACACUGGCUCAAAGAUGUGUUCAAAUGCUUGUGUGUGCUGACGAGAAGAUAAGCUGCUAGUCUUUCUAAUUCCCUCCCACUAUUUUU